UAGAUUGCUUGCAGAAAUGGAUUAUGCCAUGAAAUCUCUGGGCUUUCUCUCCCCACGAUCUCUUUCCAGGUGUGUGUCUGCUGGUUCCACCUCCAUGACACCAAAGCAGUGGACCAUGCCAGCUUCUCAAGCCCGGCCUUAUCGUGUAAACAACUGGGACCGCACCGUACGCAAGGGAAUCAUGGCAGAGAGCUUGAAGGACCUGCUUGAGAAGGUGCAUCUUGCGUUGUCAGUGGUGGGAACCAUCACCCUGGUCCUAGAUGAAGAUGGUACCAUUGUUGAAACCGAGGAGUUCUUCCAAACGCUGCAGGAAGGCACGGUGUUCCUGGUGCUGACCAAAGGACAAUUGUGGCACCCAGUGAAGGCUGCAGGCUACCAGCUUGGCCUGUCUCGCAAACCUUGCCACAGGCAUGAUGUGGCUCGUGUGACCAUUGACCUCUACAAGACCAAUCCAGAGGACUUCAUUGGCUGCCUGAACUUCAAAGCCACCCUGUACGGUGCAUAUACCAUCUCCUAUGACAUGCGCUGCUAUGGUGCCAAGAGGCUCAUAAAGGAAGCCCUACGGUGGACGCUCGUCACCAUGCAAGCCACGGGCCACGUCCUCAUUGGCAGUUCCUGCUACGUGCUGCAGCUGCUGGAUGCCACCGAGGAAGAAAAGAGAGGCAGUGAAGAUCUCCCCUUGGUUCUGCGCAAGUUCUGCCAACUUCCUGCCCAGAAGAUGUUGCAGUGAGGGCACUGCUGUCUGGACCCUUAUACAGAUCACAGGCUGGCUUUUUCCUGUUUCCUCCUCCCAAGAGCUCUAUGGCUUGGCACUAUCACGUGUGCGGUCCCAAAGCCAGCUGGGGGAACUCAAGCCCUUGCACAUUUCGUCCCUCACUUGUUCAAAACUUUCCCUGUCUUACCCUUUAUUCUGGUCAUCCUGCAUAUGUGACACAGCACGUCUUUUGUUGGUGUGUAAUGGUGCUCAAGAUUGCAAGAGGAGUUGAUCUGCACUUUCUGGCAGAGGCUGAAGUUAAAAUUCUGGGCUUCAGCACCUUCACUUGCCCAGCUACACAGGGAGGGACCCUUCAGCCUGGUUCAUGGAACUACACAUCUUGCAAGAAGCCAAUGCUGCGGGUUGGCCCAGGUCACUUAGCUGUAUUACAGUCCUAGCUUGGUUUGUUUUAGCGUUGCCUGCUGACCGUUUCUCCUAUUUGUUUACAGACAAUAACGCC